AUGGGACACAGAAAAUAUUUGCCAAGAUAUCAUCCUUAUAGAUUACAGAAAAAGAAUUUUGAUGGUAAGCAAGAGCAUGGAAAGCCUCCACAACCCUUGUCAGGAGAGGCCAUCUACUUCAAACUCAAAGAAAUGUUUUUUUCUUCUGGGAAGAAAUGUGGCAAGAAUAAUAACGAAGGUGGCAAUGACUACUGGAAAAGAAGAUCAGAAUUCUUCGAACUACCAUAUUGGAAGAACUUGCAUGUACGGCAUUGUCUGGACGUAAUGCAUAUUGAGAAGAAUGUAUGCAUGAAUAUAGUAGGAACAUUGCUUGAUUUACCAGGCAAAAGUAAAGAUGGGAUGAAUAGUAGACUUGAUCUACUAGAGAUGAAUAUAAGACCAGAAUUGGCACCAAUGGUUACAGAGCUUGAUGCAUUGCAAGAAGAUAUAGUUAUGACUUUAUGUAAUCUUGAGAAGUAUUUUCCACCCUCUUUUUUCACAAUUAUGGUUCAUCUUGUGAGAGAAGUAAAACUUUGUGGUCUUGUAUAUUUGCGGUGGAUGUACCCAUUUGAAAGAUACAUGAAAGUGUUGAAAAGUUUUGUUCGUAAUAGAAAUCGACCUGAAAGAUGCAUUGCAGAAGCACAAGUAUGUGAAGAGGCUGUUCACUUCUGUUCGAACUUCCUUUCUGGAUUAGAUGAAAUUGGUCUUGGAUCACUAAAUUCAAGGGAAGAGAAACAAACCGAUAGGCCGUUGUCAGCGGGAACCUAUGACCGCCCUGAUAUGCAAGAACUGAAGCAAGCAUAUCUUCACAUUUUACAGAACACUGAAGAAGUACAUCCAUAUAUAGAAGAACAUAUGAACCAUCUCAAAAUUGAAAACCCAAGAAGAGCAAAAAAUGAACAGUGGCUACAAGUUGAACAUAAUCGAUCAUUUGGUGCAUGGAUACGAGAUAAGGUGAUGUGUGAAUUACAUGAAGGAAAGGUAGUCUCGAACACAAUACGAUGGCUUGCACAUGGCCCCAAUUGUGGUGUAAUGACGUAUGAAGGGUAUAUGGUUAACGGAUGUUCUUACCACACUAAGUCUCGUGAUGACCAUCGAAUUGUUCAAAAUAGUGGGAUUAUGUUAGUGGCAACGACAAUGCAGGUGUCUAGUGCGAAGGACAAAAAUCCAGUGAUUGGUGACAUGUCUUUCUAUGGGAUCAUUGAAGACAUUUGGGAAGUUAGUUACAAUACGUUCAAUACUGUUCUUUUCAAAUGCAAAUGGGUUGAAAAUAAGAAUGGUGUUCGAAUAGACGAUCUUCAUUUCACGUUGGUUGACCUUAGCCGAAUUGGACAUUCUUCAGAUUUCUUCAUUAUUGCCACACACGGACAACAAGUCUUUUAUGUCUCAGAUCCUGUUGAUCCAAGAUGA